GCCAAGCCUGACGUCACAUGCGCAACCCGAGUGCGCGGGCUGGCAAGAGGCAUCCAAAAUGCCGUCGACUGCUGAUCAGAAGGCUGCGCUGCCUACACAAACCGAGAAGCCAAACCAUUACAACUACUUGAAGGAGUUCCGUGUCGAGCAGUGCCCGCUGUUCGUGCAGCACAAGUGCACACAGCACAAGCCGUUCACAUGCUUUCACUGGCACUUCAAGAACCAACGGCGCAGAAGACCGAUACGACUCGCUAGAGACGGCACCUUCAACUAUAGCCCCGAUGUGUACUGCACAAACUACGACGAGACGACGGGGAUAUGUCCCGACGGCGACGGGUGCCGGUUUCUGCACCGCACGGCGGGGGACACAGAACGUCGCUACCACUUACGCUACUACAAGACGGGCAUCUGCGUGUACGACACAGAUGCGCGAGGCAAUUGUGUCAAGAACGGCCCGCACUGCGCCUUUGCCCACGGCCUGCACGACCUGCGCUCACCCGUCUACGAUGCGAAGGAGCAGCAGGCGUGCCUGGCCGGCGACGGCAGCUCGGCCAAUGGCCCCGAUGACGCUACCAACGGUGGACCCAACAGCUUGGACAAGGAGCGCAACGCGCUCAACGAGGACCCUCACUGGCAGGAUACAAAAUAUGUUUUAACUAACUACAAAACCGAGCCGUGCAAGCGGCCACCCCGACUCUGCCGGCAAGGUUAUGCCUGCCCCCAGUACCACAAUAGCCGAGACAAACGGCGAAGCCCAAAGAAAUACAAAUACAGGUCGACGCCGUGCCCCAAUGUGAAGCAGGGGGACGAGUGGGGGGACCCGGCCAACUGUGAGAACGGCGACAGCUGCUCCUACUGCCACACGCGCACCGAGCAGCAGUUCCACCCGGAGAUCUACAAGUCCACCAAGUGCAACGACAUGCAGCAGGCCAACUACUGCCCCCGGGGACCGUUCUGCGCGUUCGCGCACGUCGAGAAGGAGAUCUCGGCCGUGCGGGACCUCGGGCCGGACUACUCCACCAACCUGGCGGCCAUCUUGUCCAGCGCCCUGCCCUCCUCCUCGUCUUCGGCGAAUCACCAGGGAAGCUCCGGUUCCCCAGCCUGCAAGAAUGACAACCCUUUCUCACAUGUCAGCUCUCAUGAUCACAUGGCUGAGCAGCAGCAGCAACACGCGGCAUCUUUAGGGGAAAAAGCUUGGUACGCCGCGCAAGCCAAUGAUUGUAGCAAUCCAUUGCCCAACCCAAUUGGUCGGCCCCGCUCGUAUAGUUCUUCCACUAACCACUCAUCCGAAUCGUUACCGCUGCACCAGAAGGCACCGGGCUCUGAACGAGAAGACCGCGAGGCCAGCAUUCGUAAGCAGCUCAAGGCCAUUGACAAUGAGCCCAUGGCGGACCCCUUGGAGAAAGCGCGUCUCAAGCAAGAUGUCUGGCUCGUGCAUGGACUCACACCGCCCCCGAUGACGUCGACAGCCUCCUCCUCGUCCUCCUUCUACCAUUCCACAAACACUGUGGAAUCCGUCGUUGGUGUAGCACUUGAUGACCUUAGCUUGGAAGACAUCAACGUUGAGGCCUCUAUAGACAAGGAUUUAGAAAAUGAUUCCAACCCUGUGAGCACGUCAAUAACGCAAGGACUAACAAGUUCAGGUUUACUAGGAAGUUCAGCGCCUAUGAACAUUCCGGGGGCGAGCGGCAUGCAUUGCAAUCGGCGACUGGGGAACUUGUCGCCCCCCGUGGGUUCCCUGCCCCACAGCCUUGGGCUACAGUCCAGUCACGACCACACAAUGGACAAGGCGGCCGCUGCAUUUUACAGCCACUCGGGCGGAGCGGGCUCCUUUUCGGGGCCCAAGUACCCGGGCUUCCCUGGCAUGUACGACUUCAGCCAAGGGGCGCUGUCGUCCCCAUCGUCGUCACACUUGCUCUGGGAUGAUCGGAUGGCCCCCAAGGCACCACCAGGGCUGCACCAGCCCAUGCCAGGGUCGUGGGAGGAAGGCCUGGUGCAGGCGCGAGCCGUGUAUGAGGCAUGGAAGCGAGAAGUGGAGGAGGCCAAACACAGGGAAAAGAUGGCUGAAUGCCAACGAGAUGAGGCCCUUGGUCAGAUGGCUCUGCUGCAGAAGGAGCUGGAGGCCCUGGCGUCUGGGCGGGCGGCUGGCUUCGGGCCCCUGCGGCUGCAGGAGCUCGAGAAGCUGCCGGCCACCCAGCUGCGCCUGCUCCAGGAACAGCUGCGCGCCGACUUGGAUGCCGUCGACAAGGUUCUGUACCAGCAACAGUGCAAAAGCAAGUGCCUGGUAUGCCAGCAGCAAAACCGCAGUGUGGCGGUGCUUCCCUGCAACCACCUGGUGCUGUGCGGCACGUGCGCCACUGUCACGACCAAGUGCCCCUACUGCAGCUGCGACAUCGCGCGCAACAGCCUGCCCAUGUCGUUGUAGAGUGCACCGCGUCUCUGUAGAAGCCGGCGUUGGGGGAGGCGUGCAAUCCGUUCUGGCUCCUUCCUCUCCUCUUUGUAGAACUUUUUUUUUUCCUUUUCUCUCUUUUCUCCUUCCCCCCAUCGCGAUGAGGGCUUUUCUGACGAGUCAUGCCCCCUGGGCAGCCUGCAGGAGUCUAUAGCGGGACUGUCAGCCGUGCCAAGCAGUUCGACAGUACAGUUCUGGAGGUGAUGGGAAGACUCGAUAUUCAACGCACACUUCUGGCUGGGCUUUGACAAACCCGACCCUCGACUGUGACAACAUGAACGAGCAUUGUUUCGUAUUGGCCGCAGGCUGUAAGUUUUCCCCGACCCUGUUUCUUUUUCCGCUGUUUUUCCAACCGUUGCUUUUUCCGUUUGCUUCCGCUGGGAUGCCGCUGCCGGUGGCAGUUUCAUGCCCGCAUUUGGUUGUCCGUUAACUUGCGCUGUAGACGAUGUAUCAGUGAAUUUGCAUUACAGUUGACGGUUCGCAAAGGCGCACGAAGCGCCGCGUGCUCUGAGCGUUCGGUUUGUGGGACAUUUUCGAGGGACUGCCACCGUUGUGCACCGGCUGGCUGGCUGGCUGCGUUGUGUGUGGCUAAAAUCCGAACCGCCACUGCCAUCGAAGAUUGGCCGCUUGGAGCACAAACUGAACUCUGGAUAGAAUGAUAACUUGAAGGAGAAAAACGAAGAGCGCUCGAGGCCAGUGUCCUUCUGGCUGUCGAUGGCUAACAAAAAACGUGCUUUCAAAAGUGCACUGGUUGUGGACAGUUACAUCUAGGGACAUGCUGGUUAGGGUGCAACAAGGAAGUCGCUGUUCGUUCGGCACGCCAUCACCGGUGGUCAACACAUCUCAGCGCUUUGUUUGUGAGCCCUGCUGGUGAAUUCAUUGUCACAGGUAGCUGCUGUGACACUUAGUCGCCGGCGGAGAAAACAUUUGGACAUCUGCUGGUUUUAGCCUGCUGGGGGAACUUCGACAUUUGUUAACCAGUUGUUUUAAAGCAGAACUUUUUGUCAUUGUUGAGUUGUUUCUAAAUAGUGCUGGUACCAUCUUGGUGAAAUGUUAUGUUAUCGCUUAUUUCUUUUCAGCUGUACGAUGCUGGCUGCAGUAAGUCGGAAAUUGUGUUAACAAUGUGUAAUUUUAAAAUCAAGCAGCCACUUAUUAGGAGUGUAACAUUAUGUUCUUCGGCAGCUGCUGUUGUCAUCAAGCAGCAAACUAGAGAGAGUAGUUCGUUGUGCUACUGGGAAUGCUACUCCAGAUUUUCAACAAAGUGACACUUGUGAUGUUUUCACUUUAGAUCGCAGUGUUCAUGCAUUUUGUGCAUUGAAGAGUGCAUUCCUGCAAAAGUCUUAAGCCAUGUCCCUGUGUCCAUACAUGCAUAUAGCAAACGGAAAACUAUGUUUGGGCACGUUACGUGUCGUUAGGGUGAGGAUAAUGCUAGGCGAUUAACGUAGGCAAUGUUUGGAGAAUGUGAAGCCCUCGAAACGUGCAAAUUAAAGUCGUGCGAGUAUUUCACUUCAUUUUGAAACUUGCCAGGCCAAGUGUAUGAGAAGUAGCUGUCCCAGUAAUUUGAAUCGAGGAGUGCACUGUUCAGCGUACAAAACUGCAACCGGUCCCUUUGUCCGGAAAGUGUGUCUUACAGGGUUGAAGUGACACUGCUUGAAGUGAAGUUUGUGAAGUUUCAUUUUCUUUUACAAAUUUUUUAUGCGCGUCCCUCCGCGCCGACUGUGGAAAGCUCUUGUGCAUCAGUCGAAAAAUUGCGUGUAAUGUAUUCACUGAAACUACGUCGCUGUUGUGCAGGCAAGGUGUAUAGCAAGAUAAGUAGAGCUCACAAAUGGUGGAACAGUCUCAGCAGGUCUUCAUCCACAUUGUUUUCUUCCUUAUUAGUAACGUCUUGCUUCACCAAUUUACGUGCUCGACAGUUACAGUUGCCCAGCUUGGUGGCGCGGUAACCUUUCCCGUUCUCCCCGUCCUGUCACAUUAUGAUGAAAGCGUUAGCUUCCCUCCCGUGUGUGUCCAGGCAUGAUGGGUGUUGAAAUGUGGCUUGUCUCUUGUGGCUGUAUUCGGCGGUAUUGCCGCUUUUGCACCAUCAUUGCUCUUUCGAGAUUCAUCGUGUGAAAGACGGUGGAACUGCAGUGUGACGAAGUGAGCCUUUCGUCUAGAGAAUCCACUUUCGGAUGUUGUGUACGUUCAACAGCAGGUCGGCGAAGUGCUUGCUGCAGUGUCGAGAUAUGUUGGCUCUGGAUGUUUGCUGGCACGGAUCAGGACCCACUGGACGUCGAACCGCGCGCGAUUUUUUCGCUCGAUUGCCGCGGCUUUUUCCAGCGUGGGUACAGUAUUUCAAUAGGUGGCAUGUCUUUUCCGCAAGGCAUUUUGUUUUGUCUUAUUUUAUAUUGUUUCUUUGUACCACUACUCCUACUCUUGUGAAGAGAUUUAAGUGAGACUAGUGUGGCAAACAGACACACUUUUCCGGCACCACUGCGGCAGAACGUUUUUCGGAGUGUCGGAAGACUCGAGGUGCAGAGAUACUGUUAGGAGGUUUUCAAAUGGCUGCCGUCUUGGUCCAGGUACUCCCUGGCAGGAUGGUGGUGGUGAUCGUGUUGUCUGCGUUGAAGUGUGGGAUUGUGCACGGGGCAGAAUGGCGAGUGCUGAGGCAUUUGCACGAGGUGACGGGUGUCUGGUGUUUGAGAGGUCGACGUCGGUACGGGAUGGAAGCUACUACCGCUACCAACCACCAUCACUACUACUUGUCUAGUACUACCUUUUGGUAGUACUAGUAGGACUUUGUAGAGACCCUUGUUUUGUUUCCUUCCUCGAGCUUCUGUGCGUGCAGGACAGCUUGUCCUCUCCCCGCAUAAAUAUUAGGAUUACGUGUGCGACGCCGUCUUGUAUCCUUACCGAGUCCUGCACUCCCCCUUUGCUUGGCAGGUUCGUAACUAUUUCUUUCCAGGUACCUUGCCUCGCAGCAGUUCAUUGUCUGCUACAGUUUGACUUCUCCGCCCGUUGACAGCCAGCGGAGGCAAAGGUGUCAUGCCGUCAUUGGCGUUUAGUCUGUAGCUCCUGCUCUCGCUUCGUAGAACGCCUGGUUCCUGAAAAACCCUCGCCCACCGACUUUCACUGAACCCCGUUCAUCCGCGACGUCAGGUAGAUAAGUCGCACCGCGGCUGCGCUUCCGCUCGGUUCUUUCCCGUCGUAUCGCACGCAGAUGUGCGUUGACAACGUAUUCCGAAGCGAGGUGGGCAUGAAUGUGUGGGGCGAGGCCCGUUAGCUAGUUCCUUCAAUCUUUGUUUCCUCCCCUAUGUUUUUUGGUCUCGUACACGUUUGCCACCUCCUUCCCUAAUGUUUUUCUUAGUGGAGGUGGAAUAGCGAAAAAAAAUUUCCCGUUGUUGUGCUUGGGUGGGUAGAGGGUCUUUUUCUUCACAGCCGGGAGACUUAGCGCUGUAACCAGGUAUUCAUAGUUUAUAUAGUAGUAUGAUGUAUUUAUGUAUAUCUAUUGUAUGUACUAUCUUGCAGAUGGAGAGCGGGCUGCCUUGGUGGGCUGGUUAAUAGGUGGUUAUAGUUUUCUCUCAUAUUUUCUCUUCGUUUCAAGGCCCUCUCUUUCUAUAUAUAUAUAUAAUCUAUGGUCUCCCGCAAACUACGUCGGAGGCCAUGCUGUUGUGGUCACUCAGUGGCGACAGGAACAACUUUAUAAUGCUGGGAAAAAAAAUAAUAAAUAAAUUUAUAGGAAUUUUCACGAGAACUGAGAAAAAGAAAAAAAAAAACAAGUAAGCUUAGGUGUAAAUUUUAAACUAACAAAUUGAAUGCACAAAUAGGUCAUGUUUUCUAUAUUUUUUCUUUUCAUAAUCAACUGUGCGAAUCUUAAUCCCAGGGAAGUCCGAAAGGCUCCUUUGGCAUGUCGUGCGCAUUUGCUCCAUUCAGUGCUGACGGUCUCUUCCCUCGCAUUGGGGGAAACGGAGAACCUUCCGUUACGGAGUCCGGUUACUUGCGUCAGCAUGGAAUCGCACAUUUUUAACUUUUUUUUUGUCGUCGUCGUUCUGUGUUGGAGUUGUCAACGUCGUAUAGAGUUCGUCUUCGUCUUUUCUUCUCCGAGCUAUUUUUCUAUUCCAGUUUUUGCCCCUUGCGACUCCUAAGGGAAAACUUUCGAAGGCUUCAACUUCGUACUACCAAACGCACAACUAACUGCAAGAGGUCAUGUACUGCAUCGUCUCUAGCAUAACUUUCGCGCAUUCUCUCUUUCCGACUUGGUUCGGUUUUGUUCAGAGUUGCCUGCCCUUUAGGGAUGUACAGCUGGCUCCAACUGAUAAAUGACGCUUCGCUUCUCUGCCGAGGAAUGAGUUAUUGGCUCGCAAUUUUCGGCCGAUGAAAGGAAAGCAAGCAAGAUCAAAGUUGAGGGCGUCGUCUUCAUUGACUAUAUGAGAUGGUUCAAGAGAUUUGCAAACCGAAAGGAGCUGCUGCCAGCGCGUUAGGUGGUGCUUUCGGUCUGAACAGAAGCAAGGGCGGACAAGUUCAUUCUUUCUUUCUGCUUCCUCUUUAUUAUUAUCGCUGUAAAUAAGAGAGCGAUCAUAACGUUCCCUCUCGCGACAAUGAUACAACACUGCUACAUCUUCUCGUACAACACAGGCACUGAACUAACCUCUCGCUGCGAACAUCAUGGCGCGCACGAAUGUGUAACACCACGCAUUUGCGCGCGCACUCCCUGAAAGAAACAACUAGUAUAACAACACUCACACUGGCAUUACACACAAGCUAGGUCAUUAUUGUAAACUUGUAGGAACAAAAGUAUAUAUGUAGAGGAAAAAUAUACAAAAAAAAAUUUUUCAAUUUUUUAAAAAUGGGGGCUCGCCAUUGGUCGCCGUAAAACAGGUGGGCGCGUCGCUUACGGUCGGUGGAGGUCGAGCAUCGGCUGUGCUCAUAUGGCAGCCACUGGGAAAAAAAACAUAAGGGCGUGGUUAAUGCCCUUCUAAACUAGGCAUCGGUGCUGGCCGGUACUUUUCGCAGCAUGGUCUUGCCGGUCAUGCCGUCAACACGGUCUUUCGCAGGUUCCGGUGCAUUGUUGCGUUGCUGCCCGUCAUUGCAGAAAAGUGCAAAUGCACACUGCUUGCAUUCUUUGCGAACUGUAGCAGGCUUGGCUGUGCACCUUGGUGCUCUCGCCUUUAAAAAAAUACCAAAUGUUGCGUGAAUGAUGAUGCUGAGUAUACGUGGACUUAUUGUGCAUCGCUGGCCCAUUUCGCGCAGGAAGGGUUUGCAGGAACGGAAUGGCAGUGUUGUCCUGUGCUGUUAACAGUGAAAUGGGGUGGCAACAGUUUGCAUUGUAGAAGAAUUUGCACUUUUUUCUUCAACUCAUCAUUGCAGAAGACGCAUGCUCCUCACUCGCGUUGGAUGAAACUGGCUUGUAAUACAUGAAAGCAUGGUAUCUGAUGUGCAAGUGUUAUAAAUUCGUGUGUAAGUUAACCUCAGUGAAAAUUUUUGUGCAAGCGAACUUCCAUGCAAAAUAUGGGUGUAAGCAACAUCCCAAGGUAAAAUUUCUGUGUGAGCAAGCUGCCGUGAAAAUUUGCAAGCGAAAAUUUGUGUGUAAGCUAACAUCUGCGUGAAAUUUCAGUGUAAGCGAGCCAUUGUGAAAAUUGUGUUAACAAAGCUCAUGCAAAAUUUCUGUGCAAGCGAGCUGUUGCAGAAACGAUCAUCAAUGAAAAGUUCGUGUGAAAGUGAACCUCCGUGCAGAGCUUGUGGGUAGGCGAAGCUGUCAGGAAAAUUUACGUGUGAGCGAUCCUCCUCAUGAAAUUUACGUAAGCGAACCUUUGUACAAAAUUUGUGCCUAGGCAAGCUCUCUUACUAUUUGGAAGGUUCUUGUGGACCUGGGGCUCUCAUUUAAGCAACGCUGGUUAUGGUAAAGCACCUACAUUGGUAAAUUCCACGUUUUAGCAUUGCCAUUUUUUGGGGACAUAAUUUGAAAAUGUAUUCAGCACUAGUAGAAAAGGACAUAAGAGAGACACGUGGUAUCAUCUCUCUUACAUCCUUGUCUGCUAGUGCUGAAUAUGUUUUCAAAUUCUAAUUGUAAUUCAUCACCCCCAUUCUACAGAUUGAAUCUCCAUACUCUCGUUGGCUGUGCACUAGCCGUUGACUGCUUUGUCGGCAGUCGUCAUAACAUUAAUCAACAUCGCUGAACCAAUUGCGUCUUUUCUGCAACUCUGCUGUUGAGACGGUGUUGAUAGCAUCACUGGCAGGCCUACGUCGUGCCAACCUGAGGUAGACGACGGGCCGUUUUUUUCCUGUGCCGUUGUGUGGGCGGUUCUUUCGCACUGGCCAAUCAGGUUGUGCAAAAUCGGUUUUCUGCAUAUGCCGUGUAUGUAGUAGUUUUUUUCUAGGCUUUUUCAUAUUUUUCUCCCCCUUCCAGUUUUUUGUUCUUUAGACCAUCACAUUUUUUUUCUUGUACGUCACGCUCGAUCACGUUUAGGUGGCGGUUGCAACGCGUAUGUGUUUUGUUGUGAGUUAUUGCGUCUCUGUGUUUAUGUAUCAGUGUUUUUGUUUUAUUUUUUUAUCAAAGUUACUUGUGCAAACUUUCGAAACGCACUGAGAGGGGAAACUCGGAAGUUGUUCGUUUCGUGCCAGUCGUCAGCGAAACGUGGAGGUGCCGUCGGAUUUGUAUUUUGUCGAAAUUUGGACCUAGGACUCUAGACUGGGAACGUGUUCUUUAUGAUAACUGCUUGGCACAUUACAAUGACGUGCUUUUUAAAAAUGUAUUUACUAAAAAAAUGACAAAAAAAAACUGCUUUUGAUGAAACAAUGCAGCGUAUGUCACGUAACGUCUGCGUUCAUUCUGUGCCCAGUUCAGGCCUGUUCUAGCACGAUUCGCUUGGCAGGCGCGAAGUGAACAUGGUCGAGUUUCCUCUUCAUCGCCACUAGGCUUUAUUUCAAUAGUAGUUGACUAGGGUUUUAAGAAAUAAAAUAUGCUGCCAUAUUCAAGCAAAUCUAGAAUUAUUGUAAAAUGGGUAAUUGUUGGCAACCUAUGAAUCCUUUUGUGUGUUUGUGUGUGUAUGGUGCACGUGUGAUUAAACAAAUAUAUUUUAAUUUAGCUCUUUUUUUCUUUUCGAUCGCGUGGGCAUCCGUCACUGCGUUUGGGAGCCUGCAUCCUGCGGUGAAUGCGGUUCUCCAGGCAAAAAAAUAUUAAAGGCUGAGUUGGCAACGUGAUGAAGUGUGUAUAGGGUGCUACGUGUAAGAUAUCGGCUUUUUCUUUUUUUUCGUAACUGCUCACGUUGAAAAUUAAUUCACGCGCAAGUUUUCGGAGCUUGAUGUUGUAGCCCGGUCGCUUUUUAAAAAUCUCGUUAAGAUUAGCUGCCAAAGUUAUACGAUAGUUUUAUUACGCCCUAAUAGGUUUUAUUUGGCUGUGGCAGUCUCGAAUGAACCAAGAAUGAAACGUACCUUCAUUCUUGUGUACGUUUUGUUUACUUGUACCUGGACGAUAGAAAGCUUAUAAUGCUUGUUUCGUUACUUUAAUGAUUAGUAUUUAUAACCUGUUUACGACUAGCUGUUAGUUUUGUUUGUUGCGUAUGGCACGGCCACUUGUAAGGGGACAAACGUCUUUUGACUUAGGAGUUUGUUUGGCUAAGUGCCCCAGUUCUUGGGGUAUGUGCAAAAAGAAAAAAGUAGGAGGAACACUUCUACGUAAAUGCGUAUGAGUUGUAUGCACCGGUUGUAUAUGUACAUGCGUACGACUGAAAUGUGUACGCUCCGGUCGUGCGCGGCGACACUUGCGUCGUCCGUGUAGAUGAAACUUCAGAUCGUCGACAGUGGUCGUUCUCUCGUGAAACGUUUUUGGAAGAGCUUGAUUGCGGAGUCUUCAGCCAUAGGUUUUAAGGAAUAAAGAAAAAAAAAAAAGCAGCCGUCGAGCAAUUCAAGUGUCGCGAGAAUUUUUUUUCGCGUCGCUGGGAAAACGGAGUCGCCGGAUGUUCGGUCUUGUUUUCCAAACCGUUACGGCGCACUGUGAUGAGGAUUUGAUUUGAUAUGGCCAUCUUUCCCGGUAUACGCAAAUGAACCAGUACCACCGCAACCUCCAGUGUUUUAUGGACGUUUUUACAUGUGUACAUAAAAGUAGGCGUAUUACCCUUGUGCUUAGGCUGUCUUGUGUGGCAAGUCAAAUUUUUCUGGUGCUGGCGCGAAAGGACGCGUCGGCUCGUCAUAGGUAGAUAUUUUUGCUGGGGCAAUACUAUUUUUCUCAUCAAAUUGGGAGUUUAUAGCGUUAGAGGGUCUAUGCAAAGGGCUACGACAGCUUUCGAUGUGGGCUGGUUGGCGAGAGAUUGCGAUUGGCUGCUGCUACCAUUGCUAUGGAGACGGACGAUUAUGCGCAAUCAGUAAUGUGUGAGGUUAAGGGAAAAAAAAAAGGCUCGUGGGCUUAGAAUCGCUGGACAAAGUACUACUGCUCGUUGUCGGUAUUGUGUCCUUUACCACAUUUUAAAGAUGAAAAAAAAUUUUAUAAGGUGAUGAGGACUGUUUCUACGAAUCUCUCGUACCUUGUUUUUAUGGUGUCCUGGGUUACGAUGUACCUCAGAAAAAUUUUUUUUUUUUGCUUUCGUUCUUUCAAACUAAAGUGUUUGAUCAUGCCGUUUGUCCACUGUUUUAUGAAAGGUAGGCUUCAACCUUGUGUUGCUGACCAAGUCGCGUUUAAAAUUGUCUAAAAUUGUUUGUCCUCGGUGUAUUGUUACCUUUUCUUGCACGUGUGACGCCCACUUGUUUUCACGCUUUUUGAGGCAAACAGUGUCUUUCCUCUCUCUUUUUGUGGUUAUGUUCUCUUUCUGGUGUCAUUUUCUUGUGUGCAUGAAACAAUUGUCGAGCCAAGUCGUUUUAUUUUGUGCUUACUCUGUAUGACAUCAAAGUCUAAAAAAAGCUAAUACGGAGGAGAGAAAAAAAAAUUGUGCGCGGCUCUUGUGUUCAUGUAGGAAUCGUAGUCUAGAUGUUUUUAUUGUGGCUUUUCUUGCUUCUGUCCUCUUGUUUUUUUUGUUUCAUUUCUCUUGUGGUGAGAAAUUUUUUGUGUAAUUGAAAUAUUUCUUAAAAUUUAGGCAUAAUUAUGUAAAUAAAAUCAACUAUAGGAUUUUA